AUGAUGUUGAAUUCCAAUAUUUACUGGUUAUUGUAUCUGACCAUUUGUAUAUCGUUUGCCAAUGCAUUCAUUCCGCAACCGGUAAUUGCCGAUGGUGCUCUCAGUGGUGAUAGUAUCACACAUACAGAAAUCACACAAAUCGCUUUCAUUCGUAGUCUUGCCCGGUUCUUCUAUGAAACACGCAUUGCUCCCAAUAAUAACAACAAUGGUACUGUCAAUCAACAAGAUUACUUCACUAAGCAGCAUACUAUUGAUGACCUCUACAAACUUGCACAUCCUGAAUAUAGCGAUGCACAAGUCGAGUUCUAUUCACUUCCUUUGAAAUUCACACUGGAUUUGGUGAUGACACACAAUGCUUUGGUGGACCUUGAUCCAGAUACGAAAAAAUUAUCACCUGCACAUUUCGAUAGUGAAACUUUUAACAAUGGUAGUCGCCGUAUCAUCCUACUCAGACAAAAAGUUGUAAAUGACUCACGCACUGCUGAUAGUGAUCUAACUGAUGCGCGACAAAAGACAGGACAGUUACUUCAUACCCUGCAAGAUUUCUAUUCACAUUCUAACUGGGUAGAAAUGGGUAACACUGAUGUGAACACUUUGAUCGGACGAAACGAAACUGUUGGACAAGUUGCUGCACCAAAUCAAGCAACAUGCUCUGAUACGGGUUGUACUAAGAAAACACAAAAAUGUUCUCUUUGGCAACAAAUUACGAUAAGAAAAUGUCCACUGGUGUAUUAUGAUUGUACUAAUAACAUUUUAGCUGCUAUCAAUAGCCAACGAAUACUCACAAGUGGCUACUUGUUCAAUCAGACAGGUGAAAAUGGUCAACCACUGAAUAAACCAGCUAAUGUUGGUAAAUGUUCACAUGGUUCUGUUUCGGAUGAUUCGGCAAAUGUACCAGCCAUCGGUGGAAUCAAUAAAGAUUCGAACAGUUUACUCUUUUCACCACAUGCAAGUCUUCAUUAUCAAGCGGUUGAAUUUGCAAUCAAUGCAACUGAACAUUUUUUCAAUGAUCUUCGUCAAGAGAUUGGCAAUGAUAGUUUUGAUCGUCUUUUCGUGAUUAAUCCAGCGGACGCUGUCGCACAAGAAAUCUCGAAUGAAGUCGCACAAGGAAAACGAUUUCGAUUCUUCACACCAUAUAUCACGGCUAGUGUGAAGAAAUCUGAUGAUUUCAUNUUUUUCAGUUAUCAAGCGGUUGAAUUUGCAAUCAAUGCAACUGAACAUUUUUUCAAUGAUCUUCGUCAAGAGAUUGGCAAUGAUAGUUUUGAUCGUCUUUUCGUGAUUAAUCCAGCGGACGUUGUCGCACAAGAAAUCUCAAAUGAAGUCGCACAAGGAAAACGAUUUCGACUCUUCACCUCAACUCUGACAGCCAGCUUGGAGAAAUCUGAUAGUUUUCUAACAGAUUUAAAGAAUAACAUCAAAUCGGCCUAUGACAAAGUGAAAUCCUUCUUUUCCAACUUAUUCUCGAAGACGAGCAUCAAUAUUCCGACAUAUGAUCUAAGCGAUUUGAUAGCGAAUAUUAAAGAUGCAAGCAAUGUUCAUGCAGCACCACUCGUUAUGAGUGGUAAAAAUAAUCGACGUAAAAAGCGUUUCACUGAUGCGCUCAAAAAGCGUCAAUUGGAAGAUUAA